UAUCGUCAUGUGUUCGGGUUUGAGUGAGGAGAUGUGAUGCAGCUGCGUGAUUCCGGCCCCUCUCCGUGGAGGUGUGCGCUCUGUGUCGUUGUGGGCGUCUCUGUGUGAAGCGCAGCCUCCUCUCAGGCCACUCCCGGGAAGCGCGCAGCUUCACGCACGCACGGACGGACUCCGCUGCUCUUCCUCAGUGCGCCUCGGCCGCUUCUCCUGCGCGCACCUGUCCUCCACGGCCCCGCUUCGGGAUGAAGGCAUGUAGGACGGGCGCUCCGAGCAGCAUGUAGCACCUGGAGCUGCGCGCACACCGCCUCCCCGCUGCGCUCCUCCUCCGCCUCUUCCUCUCGGCUCCGCGGCUCCUCCGCCUCCCGGAGCGCUCAUUCCUCCGCUCGGCGUCGCCUUCAGCGGGAUUUUUCGGGGAUCUUCUUGGGGAUGGGUAGGGGGGGUUCGGCGCUCAGGCCCGUCCUAGAGGACUGAGUCUUCAUCCUGCUGCACCUCCCGGUCGAUGGUCGUUGAGGAAGCUUCCAUCUUGAGCCGCGCUUCUACCGACGGAACCAUGGCGAGCGACUCCCCUGCGCGGAGUCUGGAUGAGAUAGACCUGUCUGCACUACGGGACCCAGCUGGGAUCUUCGAGCUGGUCGAACUGGUUGGAAAUGGCACCUAUGGGCAGGUCUACAAGGGUCGCCAUGUCAAAACAGGGCAGCUCGCUGCCAUCAAGGUCAUGGACGUCACCGGAGAUGAGGAAGAGGAGAUUAAAGCUGAGAUUAACAUGCUGAAGAAGUACAGUCACCACAGGAAUAUUGCAACCUAUUAUGGAGCCUUCGUCAAGAAAAACCCUCCUGGAGUGGAUGACCAGUUAUGGCUGGUGAUGGAGUUCUGUGGGGCUGGAUCGGUGACGGACCUGAUCAAAAACACCAAAGGAAACUCUCUGAAGGAGGAGUGGAUCGCCUACAUCUGCAGGGAGAUCCUUAGGGGAUUAACACAUCUCCACCAGCACAAGGUCAUCCACAGAGACAUAAAGGGUCAGAACGUGCUGCUGACAGAAAACGCUGAGGUUAAGCUAGUGGAUUUCGGUGUGAGUGCCCAGCUGGACCGCACGGUGGGGCGAAGGAACACGUUCAUCGGCACGCCGUACUGGAUGGCCCCAGAAGUCAUCGCCUGUGAUGAGAACCCGGACGCAACGUACGACUUCAAGAGUGAUCUGUGGUCGCUCGGCAUCACAGCCAUAGAGAUGGCAGAGGGAGCGCCGCCUUUGUGCGACAUGCAUCCGAUGAGAGCGCUCUUCCUCAUCCCCAGAAACCCCGCUCCAAGACUCAAGUCAAAGAAGUGGUCGAAGAAGUUCCAGUCGUUCAUCGACAGCUGCCUGGUGAAGAGCCACAGCCAGCGGCCGAGCACCGAGCAGCUCCUCAAACACCCGUUCAUCAGAGACCUUCCCAACGAGCGGCAGGUCCGGAUCCAGCUGAAGGACCACAUCGACCGCACCAAGAAGAGGAGGGGAGAGAGGGACGAGACAGAAUAUGAGUACAGUGGAAGUGAGGAGGAGGAUGAAGAGCGGGAGAUUGGAGAGCCCAGCUCAAUCAUCAACAUUCCCGGCGAGUCCACUCUCAGGCGGGACUUCCUGCGCCUGCAGCUAGCCAAUAAGGAGCGCUCGGAGCUGAUUCGCCGUCAGCAGCUUGAGCAGCAGCAGAACGAGGAGCACAAGCGCCAACUACUGGCCGAGAGGCAGAAACGCAUCGAGGAGCAGAAAGAGCAGCGGCGACGGCUAGAGGAGCAACAGCGUCGGGAGCGGGACCUUAGGAAACAGCAGGAGCGGGAACAAAGGAGGCGCUAUGAGGAGAUGGAGCAGCUGCGCCGGGAGGAGGAGAGGCGGCACGCAGAGAGGGAGCAGGAGUAUAUCCGUAGACAGCUGGAGGAGGAGCAGAGGCAGCUGGAGAUCCUGCAGCAGCAGCUCCUGCAGGAGCAAGCGUUACUGCUGGAGUACAAGAGGAAGCAGAUCGAGGAGCAGCGGCAGGCGGAGCGGCUGCAGAGGCAGCUGCAGCAGGAGCGAGCCUACCUGGUGUCGCUGCAGCAGCAGCAGCAGGAGCCGCCGCGGCCGCCGCAGGACAAGAAGCAGCUGUACCACUACAAGGACCAGGCGCCCAGCACCAACGACAAGCCCGCCUGGGCCAAAGAGGUGAUGCGUCGCGCUCAGAGCAACUCCCCUCGCUUGGCCCCAAAGAAGUACCACUCCCUCCAUGAGACGCGGGACGUCAACCUGGACAACCUGCUCCUGCUGCCCGGCUACAGGCCCCCCCGCCCCCCCUCCUACCCCGCCCACGUCAGCCCCUCCAGGGACAACUUGCACGUCCCCAGAAUCCGGAUCACCUGCCUCCCCGAGCCGGAGUACUCGGAGCCGGUGAUGCGGCGGCAGAGUCCCGGCAGGAGCCCCGUCAGGCAGUCCAGGGGCCGCAGCCCCCCCCACCGGGUGGAGGAGCUUUAUAAGAUGAACAGACAGGCUUCUCCUGCCUUGCAGCAUAAAGUCUCCAAUCGGAUCUCAGACCCGGCGCUGCCUCCUCGCUCAGAGUCCUUCAGCAGCGGAGGAAUCCAGCAGGCCAGGACUCCACCCAUGCACCGCUCCGUAGAACCGCAGAUGGCCCACCUGGUGCAGGUGAGGAGUCACGGCCUGUCAGGCUCCCAGUCUCUGUACGACCCCCACGGCGUGUCCUCCACCUCUGCGUCGCCCUCCCCCUCCCGGCCCCCCAUGCCCCGGCAGAACUCCGACCCCACGUCCGACACCCCCCCUCCCCCGCCACUGUCCCGCCUGGCGCCCCCCCUCGACAAGCUGGACCGCAGCUCGUGGCUGCGGCAGGACGACGACAUGCCGCCCAAGGUUCCUCAGAGGACCACCUCCAUUUCUCCUGCUUUGGUUCGGAAGAACUCUCCUGGAAACGGUCCUGGACUCGGCCCGCGGGCCGGAGCUCACCUGAUCCGGGCCAGCAACCCCGACCUGCGGAGGACGGAGAUUUCCAUGGAGACGCCUCUGAAGAGGACGAGCAGCGGCAGCUCCUCCAGCUCCAGCACCCCCAGCUCCCAGGGAGGCUCCAACGAGCGAGGUAACUCGGCUGCUAAAACCGACGGCUCCACGCUUUCCUCCCACGACGCCAAAGACGACAGCCGAGAGCUGACCCGGCCCAGCAGGCCCGCAAGCUAUAAGAAAGCUCUAGACGAGGAGGAGUUGGACCUGACUGCUCUGGCCAAAGAGCUGAGGGAGCUGCGGCAGGGAGAGGAGACCAGCCGCCCGCCUGUCAAAGUCACGGACUACUCUUCAUCUAGCGAGGAGUCCCACAGCAGUGAGGAUGAGGAGGGAGAGGGCCACUCUAACGACGGAUCGGUGGCCGUCAGCGAUAUACCGCGCAUUAUGCCUCCAUCAAGUCAGAGCACCAACGAGUCGUUCGGCGUGAUGGGCGGUCACAACGACAGCCUCGGAGACGCGUACGGAGACAGCUCAGAGGACAGCACGCUCAUGAUGCGAGAGAGGUUUAGGGGACGGAGGCGGAGCUCUGCCCCCAGCAACGGUUUCCGUGGCAGCGGUAAUCCGUUCCUUGGCAACACCAACCUCCCAGAUUUGGUGCAACAAAGCGCCUCCCCUCUGGGUCACGCCUCUGGGGUCCAAUACGGGAUGGGAGGCAGCGGCGGCUCCAAGGCUUCCUUCACGCCGUUUGUUGAUCCGAGGGUUUACGGGACCUCGCCGACUGAAGACGACGAGAAAAACUCUGCUGCAGCUCUGUUUGCUGACGAGCUGCUGAAACAGGAGCAGGAGCAGGAGCAGGCGAGGCUGAACGAGGCCAGGAAGAUCUCGGUGGUCAACGUGAACCCCACCAACAUCCGACCGCACAGCGACACGCCCGAGAUCCGGAAAUACAAGAAGCGCUUCAACUCCGAGAUCCUCUGCGCAGCUCUCUGGGGAGUGAAUCUGCUGGUGGGGACGGAGAACGGCCUGAUGCUGCUGGACCGCAGCGGCCAAGGCAAAGUUUACAACCUGAUCAAUCGGAGGCGCUUCCAACAGAUGGACGUCCUGGAGGGACUGAAUGUCCUGGUCACCAUCUCAGGGAAGAAGAACAAGCUGCGCGUUUACUACCUGUCCUGGCUGAGGAACAGGAUAUUACACAACGACCCGGAGGUGGAGAAGAAACAGGGCUGGAUCACAGUGGGGGAACUGGAGGGCUGUGUGCACUAUAAAGUCGUAAAGUACGAGAGGAUUAAAUUCCUGGUGAUUGCUCUGAAGAACUCGGUGGAAAUCUACGCCUGGGCACCAAAACCUUACCAUAAAUUUAUGGCCUUUAAGUCUUUUACAGAUCUGCAACAUCGCCCCCUGCUGGUGGAUUUAACUGUGGAGGAGGGCCAAAGGUUAAAGGUCAUCUAUGGCUCCACUGUUGGUUUCCAUGUGAUUGAUGUGGAUUCUGGAAACCCCUACGACAUCUACAUCCCCUCACAUAUCCAAGGUCAGGUCACCCCGCACGCCAUCGUGGUCCUGCCCAAGACGGACGGCAUGGAGAUGCUGCUGUGCUACGAGGACGAGGGCGUCUACGUCAACACCUACGGGCGUAUCACCAAAGACGUGGUGCUGCAGUGGGGCGAGAUGCCCACAUCUGUCGCCUACAUCCACUCCAACCAGAUCAUGGGCUGGGGGGAGAAGGCCAUUGAGAUCCGCUCCGUGGAGACGGGACACCUCGAUGGAGUUUUCAUGCACAAGCGAGCUCAGCGACUGAAGUUCCUGACGGAGAGGAACGACAAAGUCUUCUUUGCCUCGGUUCGUUCUGGAGGCAGUAGUCAAGUUUUCUUCAUGACCCUGAACAGAAGCUCCAUGAUGAACUGGUAACCUGCCUCCCUCUCGGAACUACAACCCUUUGCAGGAGGGAUGACAGGAGGACAAUGUUUGUGCGUGUUUAUAUGUGUGUGUGUACUCGUGGACGACGACGACGACAACAAAAAGCUGCUGACUGGACUGCACAUCUGGAGGAGGUGGUAAAACCACAGCAGAGUGUCCCUACUUAGAAAUCCUCACGCUGUAGGGGGCGCUGCAGGUCCUGUGGUUGGUGUGAGUGCCUGCAGAGCAAAGAGGACCCCACAUGUUGUCAGCGGUCGGCGCUUUGCCCCCCCCCCCUACCCCACUGAGGACUGUCGGACCGGACUGAGGGUUGAUCUGGAGCCUUUUAAGGACCUGACAAGUAGCCUUUCUGUGGGGAAGCUCUUUGUGUAGCACAUCAGUGACUUUCAACCAGGGUGUUCACACUGCGAGUAUACAGGUCGUUCACGGCGGUGCAGGUGUGCCUGCUGCAGCAAAAAAAACCACUGUUGUAGUCGUAGUUAGUAGGCAAAGUAGCAUUAGACAAAAAAACACACAUGAGAAUGAGAUAAUAACUGCACACCGUUUUUAGGAUCACGCUCAUCUCACCGAGCUCGUAUGCUUUUAUAUUUUCUGCUUUACUAGAUCAUGUCUGAAUCGAGCACAUGUGAGAACAUCGACACAAAGCCUGCUGAGUAUCAAAAUCAUUAUUAUUAUUCUUUUUUUUUCAGUUUUAGGAAUAGAAUUGCACAACUUUAAGAAGCAACAAAGAAACGGCACCAGAACACCAACAGGCUUAGGGCGCCUCCUGAUAAAAUUUGACAAUCUGAAGGUACAGUGAGCGGAAAUCUUUAACCAUAGGACGAAAACAGGGUCGCAACAUUUCACAGUUGGCUGACUGAAAUAGAUUAUACGAGAAUAAAUGAAGCCUGCAGCAAAUAUUCAAGUGGAAAUUCUUUAAAAUGUGACUAUAAGCAAAAAACACAAAAAACAUCAGCACAGUUUUACUGAUGAAAUGGUCAGAGUUGCUUUUAUGUUGCUCCUGCUGCCUUUUUUGAAGUGUUUAAUGCGAGCUGCCAAAACUACCGUUUUCAAUACAUUUUUCAUGACUUGGAAAUUUUUCAAUACUUUACAUACCUCCAGUGUUCCCAAUAAACUGCCAACAGAA